UUACAUGCUUCUCAACAACACAUUUGCACACUAUUUGGUUGAAAGAUCUCUACUAAAAGCUUGUACACCUUCUAGAUAUUUACUGUAUAAUUUCUGGUUUAAAAAAUGCCUGAUCUUACUGUUGGAAAGAAGAGAUUUAUCCAGCCAAAUACGUGUUUCGCCAAUUUGACCGAUCAAGAUAAAUCAACUCUUUCACAAAGUGAUAAUUGUUUCUUCUCGGAGGCACUGAGUGAAGAUUAUAGCCCAAUUCUACCUGGGCUGCCUGAUGAUGUGGCCGAGUAAUGUCUGGCACUUGUGCCUCGUUCGAAUUUCCCUGCUAUGGGGGGUGUCUGUAAGAGAUGGAGAUCGUUUAUUCAAAGUAAAGCAUUCACUACUGUGCGAAAAUUGGCUGGAAUGCUUGAAGAAUGGCUCUAUUUCUUAACAAGAGACUGUGAAGAAAAGGAAAGUCAUUGGGAGGUUAUGGAUUGUCUCGGUCGUAAAUGCCGAUCUCUUCCACCAAUGCCGGGUCCAGAAAAGGCUGCAUUUGGAGUGGUGGUUCUUAAUGGAAAGCUUCUUGUCAUGGCUGGUUGUUCAGCUAUUGAAGGAACUGCCUUUGCCUCAGCAGAGGUUUACCAAUAUGAUUCCUGCCUCAACAGCUGGAGCAGUUUGUCGAACAUGAAUGUGGCUCGUUAUGACUUUGCUUGUGCUGAAGUGAAUGGCUUGGUUUAUGCUGUAGGGGGCUAUGGGGAGAAUGGAGACAGUUUGUCCAGUGCUGAGGUGUAUGAUCCAGAUACUGACGAAUGGACAGUGAUAGAGAGCCUUCGCCGUCCGAGAUGGGGUUGUUUUGCUUGUGGAUUUGAGGGUAAGCUCUAUGUCAUGGGUGGAAGGUCAAGCUUCACCAUUGGAAACUCCAAGUUUGUUGAUAUAUACAACCCUGAGAGACACACCUGGUGUGAGAUUAAGAAUGGCUGUGUUAUGGUCACAGCUCAUGCAGUAGUAGGAAAAAAGUUGUUCUGCAUAGAAUGGAAGAACCAGCGGAAGCUGGCUAUAUUCAGUCCAGAGGACAAUUCAUGGGAAAUGGUUCCAGUUCCAUUGACAGGGAGCACCAGUGUUGGUUUUCGGUUCGGGAUGCUGGAUGGCAAGUUGCUGCUCUUCCCUCUGCUGGCAGAACAUGCUCAUCAAACAUUGUCGUAUGAUCCAAAUGCAGCUCUGGGGUCAGAGUGGCGGACUUGUGACAUAAGGCCAUCUGGUUUGUGCUUGUAUUGUGUAACAAUCAAGGCAUGAAAUGAAACCAUGUUCUGGCUGGAGUAUAGCAGCAUUUUACUAAGAUUGACUCAGAGUUUACAUGAGCUGAUGUCGCAUGGUGCAAAACAUGAUCUCGUACAUGUAAUAACUUGUCUUAUUGAGGUGAGUGUUCCUCACAUUUUAUGUAAUUUUAGUUGAGUUUUUUCUUGUC